UGAACGGAGUGGAUGUUUUUUGGCUCUUUACGUAAACUGAACUCCAGUCAACUGCCUACUAUCUCCUUUAUACCUUAUUGGCUAAGAAAUACAUGGAAGGGAAGUUCAUAUUCAACGAAUGAAUCCGAACCUGAACCUCCACAGAGUUCUUACUGCUGUGAAUCUGGGUGUACCAACUGUGUAUGGUUAGACUAUGCAGAACGCCUACUCCAAUAUCAUAUGAAGAGAAUUCAAGGCUUAUCGAAUGACAACAUUCAAAAUUCGGAUAAAGAAGAUUUAAUAAAUGAAAUAGUGAAUAGGCUUCGACAAGAGGUAAAUCAAGUAGACGAUCAAAGUGUAAGGGCAUUUUUACUAACAGAAAUAGCCAUAAAGAAGAAAGAACUAAUGAAAACACUAGAGAAAGAUAUCUGAGUGUAGAAAUGUGAUUUUUUUUCUGUUGUAUUUUAAUGUCACUAUAUUUACAAACAGUUAAGUUAAUAAUACUCAGUGUUGU